AUGGCGACUCGAGGCUACGAGAUUACAGGUCCACUCCAACGCUCCAGGUCCAACUAUUACAAACCCCCGACCCAAACUUCCUACGAAAGCGACUUGUACAUGGACGAGAAGAUGGGUUAUCAGACUCAAACCACCACCAUCCCCCCAUUGAAUACCAGAAGGGAUCCUUUGGCAACGACAAAUGCACCACCCCCCGUUCCUCCGCCACCGAAAUUCGAAGACGCGACCAUGGUUUCAAUCCCCGCAGACAUGUUCGACCGCAUGUUCCUGCGGGCCCAGGAUCAGGCGAAGCCGGAUGUCGGAAACAGUGGAAGUCAUCAUAGACAGUUUGCGAACCCCACGCCCCUGAGUGUCGUGGGUUUCCUCCUCGCGCUGAGUCCGUUGAGCUGCGACUUGAUGGGCUGGCGAGGUGCUGGUGGAAAUGGAGCCGCAUCGAUUGGGGCGUACUUCUUCAUCGGUGGUCUCUUGAUGCUUCUUGGUGGUUUCCUCGAAUAUGUCGCUGGCCCCGCCAACACUUUCCCCUUCGUGGUCUUCGCUUCCUUCGGCGGCUUCUGGCUGUCAUAUGGCGCCACUUUACUCCCUUUCUUUAACGCCUUUGGGGCGUAUUCGCCUUCCACCGACGAAGAGGAUAUCACUCUGGGCUUGGCAACCAAGGGCUUCAAUGCCUCUUUCGGCUUCUUCAUGCUUUUCAUGGCGCUGCUGUGUCUUGUGUAUUUGAUAUGUGCUCUACGCACGAACAUUGUAUUUUGCGUCAUCUUCGGCGGCUUAUUUGUUGGUUUCGUCUUCCUCACGGCAACAUUUUGGUUCGUGGCGGAGGGAAAUGCUACUGCGAGUAGGAUGUUGUACCUGGGUGGCGCGAGUUUCUUCCUUAGCUGUAUGGCUGGCUGGUACUUGUUGUUCGCGCUGUUGUUCAUCGCAGUGGACUUCCCGCUUCGGUUGCCGCUGGUGGACCUUAGUGUAUGGGUCAAAGGCUACGAGGAAAAGAAGAAGGCCUUCUGA